CUCAAGAGCACCAUUUGACAUUCCGGGCACAAAACAUACAAUGUGAACUACAACUCCCAGCAUGUAGUUGUAGUUUAGCAACAGCUGGAGUCUCCCUGUCUGGGAAAACACUGCCAGAAGGGUCUGUUCACAUUAUACAAAACAUACAAUGUGAACAGAGCCUGAGAGUUAUCACCCUGGCUCACGUCUGUAGCUCCAUCCCCUAAUGACAUCAUCACUAGGGGGCUGAUGGUCGCCCUCCAGCCUGACUUGGCUUCCACUGAUGGUCGCCCUCCAGCCUGACUUGGCUUCCACUGAUGGUCGCCUUCCAGCCUGACUUGGCUUCCACUGAUGGUUCCCCUCCAGCCUGACAGAGUUUGAGAGGAUCUACAGAGAAGAAUGGCAGAUAAUCCCCAAAUACAGAUAACAAACUCCGUCUUCCCAGUAUGGACAUACAGCUACCUGGUAAUAUUGUUCCCAGUGUUCCUGCUCACAGACUAUGUAAGAUACAAACCAGUCAUAAUUCUGCAGGGCCUGAGUUACAUCAUCGCAUGGGUCCUCUUGCUCUUUGCCCGUGGAGUUCCUGCCAUGCAAGGCCUGGAAUUUGUCUAUGGCAUGGUCACUGCCACUGAAGUGGCCUAUUUUUCCUACAUCUACAGUGUGGUGGAUACAGAACAUUACCAGAAGGUCACCAGCUAUUGCCGCAGCAUAACAUUGGUGGGAUUUACUUUUGCCUCUGUAUUGGGGCAGCUUCUGGUCUCCCUAGCUGGUAUAUCUUACUUCUACCUCAACGUCAUCUCUUUGGUAAGUGUCUCAAUAGCAUUUGUGUCAUCCAUGGUGCUCCCCAUGCCAAGAAGGAGUAUGUUUUUCCACAGAAAAGUGGUAGAAAAGUCUGUUACAUCAUCAUCCACGGAACCCAAUGUCACCAGUAAUAAUCCAGAAGAGCCAAAUACAGAACCGGAGACAGACGCUUCAAGCAAAACCCCUGACCCAAACUUCUGUAAAGUUCUCUGGCUCCUUUGUAAAGACUUGAAGAAAUGCUACUCUUCAGUGCAGCUCCUCUACUGGUCUUUAUGGUGGGCACUUGCUACAGCCGGAUACAACCAAGUGAUAAACUAUGUGCAGGUUCUCUGGGAACACGUGGAGCCUGCUCAGAAUUCCACCAUCUAUAAUGGAGGAGUAGAAGCUGUCUCCACAUUUCUGGGAGCAGUCUCCUCAUUCUCUGUUGGAUAUGUGAAAUUGAACUGGGAGUUGACUGGAGAAUUAGCACUCGCCAUCUUCUCAGCGGUCAAUGCUGGCAGUCUAUUUCUUAUGGACUAUAGCAUUAACAUAUGGAUGUGCUACGCUGGCUACCUGAUAUUCAAAUCCUGCUAUAUGCUUCUCAUCACUGUCGCCACGUUCCAGAUUGCAGUAAACCUGAGCAUGGAACGCUACGCACUGAUGUUUGGGAUGAAUACAUUUGUUGCACUUGCCCUUCAGACCAUACUGACCGUUAUUGUGGUGGACAACAGAGGUCUAGGCCUGGAUAUCAUCACCCAGUUUCUGGUGUACGGAAGUUACUUUGCAGUCAUUUCUGGGAUAUUCUUCAUCAGAAGCCUGUUUAUUUUAAUAUCAUAUCACAAAACGAAGCAAAAGGAAAAGCAAGAGAUCAAACCCGAGACCCCUCUCUAGUGUUGGGACCACUGCGCUCAUGGACACUGAGAUACAAGGUGGUCAUGCUGGCAUUAAAUAGAGCAUACACAUCCUAGUCUAUAGUAAUGUUAGGCUUUGAUCACAUUUUGCAGAAACACUGUAGAUUUUCAGAUUUGUUGAUAGAAAAUUGUUAGAGGAUCCCACUAAAGUAGAUGAGGUUUGAACAAAUCUCAUCCACCUUCUGAAGAAAAUUCUCCUGCAGUACAGAUUUAUGUCAUAGAUUUGUUGAAGAUUUUCUCUUUGACUGUAAUUUCUUACAUUACAGCUUGAGAUCUCUUACAAUUCAGAACCACAGUAGUGGUAUAGCAGCACUGCGGUGGAUCACAUCACUAGUGUUUUGACAGGCGGCUAGGUUAAUGGUUCAAAGUGCAUAUUAUAGAGCAAUAGGGACACUUUUUAACACUCGUUCUUAUUCAAUGGACAAUAAAGGUUAACUUUUAUAUACAUCUUAUGUUCGGAGACCUCCCUAGUAUCACUAAGAAAUUGAUCCUUUGUGUAUGUUAACACAGACCUGUUGUAAAUAAACAUUUAUUGAUAUGGACUGUUUGUGAUAUUUGAUCUGUCUUGUGGAAUUAGGGUCAAAAUAUUAACAGUUCAGACACAGAUCACCAGAACAGAUACAAACUGCUUUGCUUGUAAUAAAUUACACAAUAUACUAUAUUAAGUUAUAUAGGCAGUGUCUGUCAGGAAUGGUGGGGAUGGAGUUCUUGAGCAUGCACUGGCCCUUUAAGAGGUGGCUGUGCAUGUGUGCAGCCCCUAGGUGGCAGGCAGCUUGCGACAAUGCAGUAUAAGGAGACCUGAAGCCUGUGGCAAGGCAAAAAAGUUUGGUGGAGAUAAGCAGCGACAUAUAUACUCAUAAC